AUGGAUGAGAAAGCAUUCAGCCCAUCUUCUUCUCAGUUAGAAUCCAUGGAACUGAAGAGAAAGAUGAAGGAAGAAGAAGGAGGGCCAAUUGUAGAAGUGUCUACACUUCCAAAACCUCAAAAUUCAAGUGUUUUCAUUACCAUGACUUCUUCUUCUCCAAAGAUUGAAGAUGAGGAAAACAUAGAUUAUCAGAAUAGAGCGCAGUGGCUUCGUGCCGCAGUUCUCGGCGCAAACGACGGCUUGAUCACCACCGCUUCGCUUAUGAUGGGCGUUGGCGCGAUGAAAAAAGACUCAAAAACGAUGGUCAUGUCGGGACUGGCGGCGCUGGUGGCGGGCGCAUGUAGCAUGGCGAUAGGCGAAUUUAUUUCCGUACAAACUCAACGGGACGUCGAAUUGGCCAACCUAAAGAGAGAAAAGCAGGCCAAAAAAUCACUGAACGAAAUGGGACAAUCGGGCUUUAGAGGCUCGCCCUUUUCGGAAAAAGAGGGGCUUCCAAGCCCAAUUCAAGCUGCUUGUGCAUCAGCCCUUGCUUUUUCUGUGGGAGCACUGUUGCCCUUGAUUUCUACUGCUUUUAUCACUGACUAUAUUAUUAGGGUUAGCGUUCUGGCUGGUGUUUCGAGCUUGGCGCUCUUUAUGUUUGGCGCCAUUGGAGCUUACUUUGGGCGCUCUUCUAUUGUGAAGGGGAGUGUGAGAGUGCUGAUUGGAGGAUGGUUUGGCAUGUUAGUCACUUAUGGUUUGCUCAGGCUCUUUAGUGCUACUGCAGGAGUUUAA